CUGCAUAUUUCUCAAACAACUUUUUUGAUACCACGACUCUUCUUCUUUUUUCAUUCAGAGCGAUCAAAGAACUUUAAAAGCAAAUCACUUCACUUAUCCUUUUCACAUAUCACAACUAGAUUAAUACAAGAUGGCUCCAGCGUAAGUUGUUCAUCAACCCCUCCUUCAGCCUUAUCGAUCUAUCCAAGGUCGAAGGGCUGAUAUUCCAACAACCACAACAAUUGCUAACAAUGGCUUCUAGUAUUGGUAUCGAUUUGGGUACCACAUACUCCUGUGUGGGUAUCUUCCGUGAUGAUAGAAUCGAAAUUAUCGCCAACGACCAAGGAAACCGUACCACACCUUCCUUCGUCGCUUUCACAGAUACCGAGCGUCUGAUUGGAGAUGCCGCCAAGAACCAAGUCGCCAUGAACCCAAUCAACACUGUCUUCGAUGCUAAGCGUUUGAUUGGUCGCAAGUUCGCAGAUGCAGAGGUUCAAGCCGAUAUGAAGCACUUCCCCUUCAAGGUCAUUGACCGUGCAGGAAAGCCAGUUAUCGAGGUUGAGUUCAAGGGCGAGACCAAGCAAUUCACACCAGAAGAAAUCUCGUCUAUGAUCUUGGUCAAGAUGAGAGAGACAGCUGAGGCUUACCUUGGAGGAACUGUCAACAACGCCGUCGUCACAGUCCCAGCUUACUUCACCGAUUCACAACGUCAAGCUACCAAGGACGCUGGUCUCAUUGCUGGUCUCAACGUUCUCCGUAUCAUCAACGAACCUACCGCAGCUGCCAUUGCUUACGGUUUGGACAAGAAGAUUGAGGGUGAGCGUAACGUUCUCAUCUUCGAUCUUGGUGGAGGAACUUUCGAUGUAUCUCUCUUGACCAUCGAGGAGGGUAUCUUCGAGGUCAAGUCCACCGCUGGUGACACUCACUUGGGUGGUGAGGACUUCGACAACCGUCUUGUUAACCACUUCGUAUCCGAGUUCAAAAGAAAACACAAGAAAGUUCGUAUUGAGAGUUUCCUGCUUCAUCCCCUUAUCCAGUCCCUCCCCCUUCCCUCAGCGCGUACUUUUAUUUGUCAAAUACUCGAGCUAUUGAAAAAAGCUCUGGUAGUAGCGAUGUUCCAGUGAUCAUCCAUCCAUGCAUCUAAGAGCUACAUUCAAUUUUCCGGAGGAUUUCAGAUAUUGGGAUGCAUUUCAGUCAUUUAAACUAUUCUAGACAUUGGGAUAUAUUCCAAUUGUUCAGAGUAUUUUAAAGAUUGAGAUCCAUUCCAAAUUAUGCAGAAUAUUCCAGACAUUGGGAUGCAUUUCAAUUGUUGAAAGUAUGUCAGAUAUUGACAUGCCUUCCAAUUGUUCACAAUAGUUCAGGCAUUGAAAGUGCGCUGCUGGGGAUAUUCCUAAUCCGCUUUUGCAACACUAUAAGUUCACACCUUGCUAACAUUUAUUUCUUAUAGGAUCUUUCUUCCAACGCCCGUGCUCUCCGUCGUCUCCGAACUGCAUGCGAGCGUGCUAAGCGUACUCUCUCUUCCUCCGCCCAAACUUCCAUCGAGAUUGACUCUCUCUUCGAGGGUAUCGAUUUCUACACCUCCAUUACCCGUGCUCGUUUCGAGGAACUCUGCCAGGACCUCUUCCGCUCCACCACUACCCCAGUCGACCGUGUCCUUGCUGAUGCCAAGAUCGACAAAUCCAGAGUCCACGAGAUCGUCCUCGUCGGUGGUUCUACCCGUAUCCCACGUAUCCAAAAGCUCAUCACCGAUUACUUCAACGGUAAGGAGCCAAACAAGUCCAUCAACCCUGAUGAGGCUGUUGCAUACGGUGCUGCCGUCCAAGCUGCCAUUCUCUCUGGUGACACCUCCUCCAAGUCUACCAACGAGAUCCUCCUUCUCGAUGUCGCGCCAUUGUCUCUCGGUAUUGAGACUGCUGGUGGACAAAUGACGAAGCUCAUUCCAAGAAACACCACCAUCCCAACGAAGAAGUCAGAGGUCUUCUCUACCUUCUCCGACAACCAACCUGGUGUCCUCAUCCAAGUCUUUGAGGGUGAACGUCAACGCACCAAGGACAACAACCUCUUAGGUAAAUUCGAGCUCACUGGUAUCCCACCUGCACCACGUGGUGUUCCUCAAAUUGAGGUUACCUUCGAUCUUGAUGCCAACGGAAUCAUGAACGUCUCUGCUCUCGAGAAGGGAACCGGAAAGUCCAACAAGAUUGUCAUCACCAACGACAAGGGUCGCUUGUCCAAGGAGGAUAUCGAGCGUAUGUUGGCUGAGGCCGAGAAGUACAAGGCUGAGGAUGAGGCCGAGGCUGAACGUGUCGCUGCCAAGAACGCUCUCGAGGGCAAGGCAUACCAAAUCAGAAGCUCUUUGUCCGAAGCUGACCACGAGCUCUCAAAAUCCAUCCCAGACCCAGCUGCCAAGUCUGAGUUGCAAGCUACCGUUGACAAAAUCGUCGCUUGGGUUGAUGAGAACCAACAAGCUACCAAGGAGGAAUACGCACAACAAGAGGCUGACCUUGAGGCUGCCAUCAAGAAGGCUACCUCUGGUGCUGGCGGUGCUGGUGGAGAGUCGGCUCAAGAUGCUGAGAUCGAGGAGGUUGACUAAAUGUUUUUUUUUCUUUACGAAUUUCCUUUAAUCUGCAUAUGAUAACACUCCUAGUGUGAUCUUCAUCACAUUAUGGUAAUUGGGUGUUUUACUGGGUUUUCUAUUGUGGUUAGAUCUGCGGUCUGCUUUUCUACACCGGAAAAGCCGGUGUUUUCAAUGUAAUACAGCUUUAAAUAGGAGCACAAAAUUUAAAUCAUUAAAUAAUAUUUACCUUUCAUUG